AAUUUGUAGCAUGUUGUUUGUUUGUUUAAUUGCUGCCACUCAAGCAUCGCUUCGGGCUUCGGUAAAAAGUGUACAUUAUAUUUUGUUGUUUAUGUUGAAUGAAAGUACCUGCGCUGUAAACCAAUAAUAUACUGCAUCAGAUAUUUAUCCAUCGCAAUACGCAACAAGUGAAUUAGCGCAAGUAUUAUUACAUCAACGCUUACGAAAGCUGAUGUUUUAGGCACGUCUCCGAAUCAGCGAGUGUUAAUUGCUAAUUGCCGUAGUAAUUAGAUUUAACUCACGGCUACUCAUUGCCAAGACACACCCACAAUUCGAUUCAAAACAUGGCAACGCUAGACGACAAGCUGUUGGGUGAAAAGAUACACAACUAUUGCAGCAGCAGCGAAGAUGAGGCCGGAGACGAUGAAUGUGAUUCGAGCGAGGCUUCCGGUACGGGGAAGGGCUCCGGUAAGCAGGGCUCAUCAUCGAAAUCCGGAUUUCGCCGAGAAGCCGAUAUUGAGCCCAGCUCGUUGUCGCAGAACAAGACUCACUGGACAGGUACGGCGGGCAAUACGGGUCCGAAGGGUGUGAUACAAGAUUGGCAGAGGUUCAAACAACUAGAGGCCGAACGGCGAGAGCAGGAUGAAAUGGAAAAGGUGCGCUUGCUUAAGAAGCUCAGCAUUACCGCACGCACCAAGGAAGAGGACAAGGCGGCCGAAGCAAUGAACGAGCUGGACGCCGAGUUCCAGGAGCUAAUGGAUGAGGAUUUUCUGCUUGAGUAUCAGCGGAAGCGGAUGGCCGAGAUGCUUGCGAUGAUGGACAAAAAGGGUUGCUUCGGGGAAUUGAUCCACCUGAAGGAUGGUGGCGAAUUCUUGCAGGCCGUCGAUAAGGAAGAUAAAAACGCGACCGUUGUCAUACAUAUCUACCGUGAAAAGUAUGAUCCAUGCAUCAAGAUGAACGAAGCCCUGAGCAAACUAGCGAAGGAGUACACGAACGUAAAGUUCUGUAAAUUCAUUAGCAGCGAUGCUGGGUUGAGCAAUUUGUUCAAAACAUCCGGCGUUCCUGCACUGCUGAUUUACAAAGGAGGACAGAUGAUCGGUAAUUUUGUAAAGCUGGUCGACGAUCUGAGCGAUGAGUUUGAUUUUGCCGACGUUGAGAGCUUUCUGGUGGAGAAUGGAAUCAUCAAUGACAAAUCCUGCAAACCGACCAUCUUUGAGCAAAAGUAGAACAAGGAUCUCAUUUUUACUUACAAGAACAAAUUAUAUUUUAUGAAAAAAAAAUGAAAAGAAAUAAUUUUGCGCCACGCAUUCACACAUUAUUCACCCGUCGUAAAUCAUAAUCGGAUAGCUGAUACAAUAGUGUUAAGCUUUAUAAAACUUAGUACUUUUUACGCUAAUGGCUAGGCUAAACGAUGGAAGCAAUGCAAGCCUGACGCUGUUUAGUAUUCUGAAACAGGGCUCGAACCAUAUGUUUGAUUUCUUCCGCGCUGAAACACAUUGUAAGGGGACCUUUGCCUUCGGCCCACAACUCCGUGAUUUCUACCAGUGAGCCACACAAUAUUUGUCGCAGUUGCAGCAACUUUGUCCACUGUUUGACGAGCUGGUGAAUCUCGCUAGGUUCCUGAAAAUAGAACAAUAAAAUGUGAACAUGACCACUGUCA